AAUUUAUAACCUUUCCACAGAUUCCCCCAUCUGUUCAUAUUCUACACAGCACAGCCAUAAAUCCAAACUUUUGACUCUUCUGUGGCCCUGAAGAGACUUCGCAUCGGGAUAGCUCGCUCCCUCCCUCUUCGUCUACCCCAAUCUCUCUCUCUCUCUCUCUCAAACAUGUCUGUCGCCCUGCAGAGGUUCCUAAUGGCUGCUGCUCUGCUCUUGGCCAUGUCUCUGUUUCCAAACAAGGCAGCUGGAGAGUUCGAGCAAUGGUGCGUGGCCGACGAGCAGACCCCCGAUGACGAGUUGCAGGCGGCCCUGGAUUGGGCCUGCGGGCAAGGAGGAGCUGACUGCAGCAACAUACAGGAGAAUGGACCCUGCUACGUCCCUAACACUUUGAGGGCCCACGCGUCCUAUGCCUUCAACAGCUACUACCAGCGCUUCAAGAACAGGGGCGGGUCCUGCUUCUUCCGAGGCGCCGCCAUGAUCACCGAGCUCAACGCCAGUAUGAACUCCAUACAUGGCAUUUUUUUCCUAGAUUGACAUUGACGUUCUGGGACAAUCUACAUUUUGCUUUCUACUUUUCUUCGAAAAUCAUGAUCAUAAUCAUAACUAAGAUGAGAGAAUGCUGGAAAAGUUUCACAAAACGCGGUUUCGACUUUUUGGAUGGAUUGAGGAUGCGUGUCGGGAGAGUUUCACGAUCCAAUGCCCAUGAAGCAGGAUCACAUGCAUGUCAAAAGGGCAGACAGGUCCCAUGUCAUGUGCCUUGGGAGUGGUUGCCCUGUGAGAUCUGAAUGGCAGUAUCUGUGGCUUCACACAUAAUUUAGUAUAUCUUUAUUGUUUCUUCUCUGAAUUUCCCUUCUUACACUUGAUGGUCAAUGUGAUAAUUCAAUAACAGCUAUUGGCGCA